CAUUCGCUCACGUGCCUAUAUAUAAAGAUCAGUUCAACAGCUUCUCUUGCGGUAACUAACCAGCCCAAGGCUGCGCCAACUACCAUGAAGACUCCUGCACUAGCCGAUAGCACUCUCAGCAUGCGUAACCGGGACUAUUUUUCACUUCUUUGGCAGAUUCCGCUGAUUCUUGGCUCGUCCACACUUUCACUACUCAUUCGAUGUUCAUGGCCAUGGCAUUCGCUGUACUCGCUACACUGGCGCCAGAAGUUGCAAUCGACUCUUCUGAAUAGUGUAACUACGACACUGAAUUUCCGUCAGCAAAGCUAUUUUAUUUCACGGCGAGAGUCGACUGGGCUGCAAGUUGAAGCCUACUGUGCAGCAAAGGGUAUAAAGCAUCAGCGAGUCCAUGUGUCGCUUUCAACAGGAACCGAGAUUCCCUCACCAGCAUUGCAUAUUAUCACUCUGCGAGAUGCAAAUCCGAGUGGUCCGACUAUCUUCUAUGCACAUGGUGGCGGCUACCAGUCUCCCUUGAGAAGCGGGGUUGCGAUACCAUUCGUGAGCCGCAUGGCCAGUUCCUGCAAAGCUGCUAAAAUUGCUAUUUUAGAAUACUCUCUUACGCCUGCAACUCAGUAUCCCGGUCAAUUUGUACAAGCCGUGGAAGGGCUGAGAUAUUUGAUCGAUAAGGGCUGCGCUCCUUCGGAUAUUGUUCUUGUAGGUGACAGCGCCGGUGGGCAUUUGAUAGCCAGUGUGAUUCUACAUCUACAAAGUCCGGCUCCCGGACUGCCUCCAAUAGACUUGCAAGGGACAAGCUUUCGCGCUGCCAUACUUAUAUCCCCGUGGUUACGCAUGAGCGAGGAUAGGUAUGAGGCCAGGGUCAACAAACGCUAUGACUUCCUCCAUGCCAAAUUGCUUCAGCACUACGCCAACCUCUUCAAUCCGGACAAAAAUCAUUUAUGGGCUAACCCGAUGGAAGCUCAUGACGCUAAGUCCCUAUGGUCAAAGGCAGUUGGACAGUCAGGCGUCGUUAACAGGCUACUUGUUACUGCUGGUGAUGCAGAGCUUUUAUUCGACAGCUGCAAAAGCUUUAUGGCGGAGCACGUUGCUGGCCAAACCGUUGUUAUGGACCCUACUGCCAAAGGAACAGAUUUGAAAUCUGCAAUUCAAGACGCAAGAGCAGUGCUCGCAAUCGGGUUACACGAGGUACAUAUCCAGCCGUUAUUUGAUGCAUCUCAAAACUAUUACAAAGGCGGGACAAUGACUGCUAUAUUAUAUUUCUUAAGCAUAUUAAUAUAA